GCUUCGGUGUUAGCCGGGACCGGGUUCAGGUGAAGGUCUGGUCCUCGCGGUUGGAGCGGCCGACGGCUGAGCCGGGGUUCUUAACGUCCAGUCGGAUCCGCGGAAGGGCUGGGAGCGACCGAUUUGGUAGCACGGCGUCCGUAGGCCGGCGACGAUCGCUGCUAUAGAAGACAAACAAGUGAAGGUUUUCUCCCUCCCCCUUUUAUCAUGGCUCAGUUUGGAGGACAGAAGAAUCCGCCAUGGGCUACUCAGUUUACAGCCACUGCGGUAUCUCAGCCAGCUGCAUUGGGUGUUCAGCAGCCAUCACUCCUUGGAGCAUCUCCUACCAUUUACACACAGCAAACUGCAUUGGCAGCAGCAGGCCUUACUACACAAACCCCAGCAAACUAUCAGUUAACUCAAACUGCAGCAUUGCAGCAACAAGCUGCAGCUGCAGCAGCAGCAUUGCAACAGCAAUAUUCACAACCUCAGCAGGCCUUGUAUAGUGUGCAACAACAGUUGCAGCAACCUCAGCAGACCCUGUUAACACAGCCGGCUGUCGGACUGCCUACAAGCCUUAGCUUGUCAACUCCUCAACCAGCAGCUCAGAUAACUGUAUCAUAUCCAACACCAAGGUCCAGUCAGCAACAGACACAACCUCAGAAACAGCGUGUUUUUACAGGGGUGGUUACAAAACUACACGAUACAUUUGGAUUUGUGGAUGAAGAUGUAUUCUUUCAGCUUAGCGCUGUCAAAGGGAAAACCCCGCAAGCGGGUGACAGAGUAUUGGUUGAAGCUACGUAUAAUCCCAAUAUGCCUUUUAAAUGGAAUGCACAAAGAAUUCAAACACUACCAAAUCAGAAUCAGUCGCAAACCCAACCUUUACUGAAGACUCCUCCUGCCGUACUUCAGCCAAUUGCACCACAGACGACAUUUGGUGUUCAGGCUCAGCCCCAGCCCCAGUCACUGCUGCAGGCACAGAUUUCAGCAGCCUCUAUUACGCCACUAUUGCAGACACAGCCCCAGCCUUUAUUACAGCAGCCACAGCAGAAAGCUGGUUUAUUGCAACCUCCUGUCCGUAUAGUUUCACAGCCACAACCAGCACGAAGGUUAGAUCCACCAUCCAGAUUUUCAGGAAGAAAUGACAGAGGGGAUCAAGUGCCCAACAGAAAAGAUGACCGAAGUCGUGAAAGGGAGAGAGAAAGACGUAGAUCCAGAGAAAGAUCUCCUCAGAGAAAACGUUCCCGGGAGAGAUCUCCUCGAAGAGAGAGAGAACGGUCACCUCGGAGAGUUCGACGUGUUGUUCCACGUUACACAGUUCAGUUUUCAAAGUUUUCUUUAGAUUGUCCUAGUUGUGACAUGAUGGAACUAAGGCGCCGUUAUCAGAAUUUAUAUAUACCUAGUGACUUUUUUGAUGCUCAGUUUACAUGGGUGGAUGCUUUCCCUUUGUCAAGACCAUUUCAGCUGGGAAAUUACUGCAAUUUUUAUGUAAUGCACAGAGAAGUAGAGUCCUUAGAGAAAAAUAUGGCCAUUCUUGAUCCACCAGAUGCUGAUCACUUAUACAGUGCAAAGGUAAUGCUGAUGGCUAGCCCUAGUAUGGAAGAUUUGUAUCAUAAGUCAUGUGCUCUUGCUGAAGACCCACAAGAACUUCGAGAUGGAUUUCAACAUCCUGCUAGACUUGUUAAGUUUUUAGUGGGCAUGAAAGGCAAGGAUGAAGCCAUGGCCAUUGGAGGCCACUGGUCUCCUUCGUUGGAUGGACCAGACCCAGAAAAAGACCCCUCUGUGUUGAUUAAGACUGCUAUUCGUUGUUGUAAGGCUCUGACAGGCAUUGAUCUAAGUGUAUGCACACAAUGGUACCGUUUUGCAGAGAUUCGCUACCAUCGCCCUGAGGAGACCCACAAGGGGCGUACAGUUCCAGCUCAUGUGGAGACAGUGGUUUUAUUUUUCCCGGAUGUUUGGCAUUGCCUUCCCACCCGCUCAGAGUGGGAAACCCUCUCCCGAGGAUACAAGCAGCAGCUGGUCGAGAAGCUUCAGGGUGAACGCAAGGAGGCUGAUGGAGAACAGGAUGAAGAAGAGAAGGAUGAUGGUGAAGCUAAAGAAAUUUCCACUCCUACCCAUUGGUCUAAACUUGACCCGAAGACAAUGAAGGUAAAUGAUCUCCGAAAAGAAUUAGAAAGUCGAGCUCUUAGUUCCAAAGGGUUAAAAUCCCAGUUAAUAGCCCGAUUGACAAAACAGCUUAAAGUAGAAGAGCAAAAAGAAGAACAAAAGGAAUUAGAGAAAUCUGAGAAAGAAGAGGAAGAGGAGGAUGAUAGGAAAUCUGAAGAUGAUAAAGAGGAAGAAGAAAGAAAACGUCAAGAGGAACUAGAACGCCAGCGUCGGGAAAGAAGAUAUAUUUUGCCUGAUGAGCCAGCCAUUGUUGUACAUCCAAACUGGGCUGCAAAAAGUGGCAAGUUUGAUUGUAGCAUCAUGUCUUUGAGUGUUCUUUUGGACUACAGAUUAGAGGAUAAUAAAGAACAUUCAUUUGAGGUUUCAUUAUUUGCAGAGCUUUUCAAUGAAAUGCUUCAAAGAGAUUUUGGAGUCAGAAUAUACAAAUCAUUAUUGUCUCUUCCUGAGAAAGAGGAUAAAAAAGAAAAGGAAAAGAAAAGCAAAAAAGAUGAGAGAAAAGAUAAAAAAGAAGAAAGAGAUGAUGAAACUGAGGAGCCAAAACCCAAAAGGAGAAAAUCAGGCGAUGAUAAAGAUAAAAAAGAAGAUAGAGAUGAAAGGAAGAAAGAAGAUAAAAGAAAAGAUGAUUCUAAAGAUGAUGAUGAAACUGAAGAAGAUAAUAAUCAAGAUGAAUAUGAUCCAAUGGAAGCAGAAGAAGCUGAGGAUGAAGAAGAUGAUCGGGAUGAGGAAGAAAUAAACAAACGAGAUGACAAAAGAGAUAUUAACAGAUACUGCAAGGAGAGGCCCUCUAAAGAUAAGGAAAAAGAAAAGACUCAGAUGAUCACAAUUAACAGAGAUCUGUUAAUGGCAUUUGUUUAUUUUGAUCAAAGCCAUUGUGGUUACCUUCUUGAAAAGGAUUUGGAAGAAAUACUUUAUACUCUUGGACUGCAUCUUUCUCGGGCUCAGGUAAAGAAGCUUCUUAAUAAAGUAGUACUCCGUGAAUCUUGCUUUUACCGAAAAUUAACGGACACCUCAAAAGAUGAAGAAAAUCAUGAAGAAUCUGAAGCAUUGCAGGAAGAUAUGCUAGGAAACAGAUUGUUACUUCCAACACCGAUAGUAAAACAGGAAUCAAAGGAUGUGGAAGAAAACGUUGGCCUUAUUGUGUAUAAUGGUGCAAUGGUCGACGUAGGAAGCCUCUUGCAAAAAUUGGAAAAGAGUGAAAAAGUACGAGCUGAAGUGGAACAGAAGCUGCAGUUACUAGAAGAAAAGACAGAUGAAGAUGAAAAAACCAUAUUAAAUUUGGAGAAUUCCAACAAAAACCUCUCUGGUGAACUCAGAGAAGUUAAAAAGGACCUUAGUCAGUUACAAGAAAACUUAAAGAUUUCAGAAAACAUGAAUUUGCAAUUUGAAAACCAGCUGAAUAAGACAAUCAGAAACUUAUCCACAGUAAUGGAUGAGAUCCACACUGUUCUUAAGAAGGAUAAUGUGAAGAAUGAAGAUAAAGAUCAGAAAUCCAAGGAGAAUGGUGCAAGUGUAUGAUACAAUACAUGUAGUGAUGAAGAAUGCUGAUAAGUAAUGUAAUAUAUAAAAUCAUGAUACAAGAAUGUUUGAAAGUGAUGCAUGUUUGAAUUUAGUAGUAUAAAUAUGUUAGUUCAAAUGAUGUAUAAAGUUUUAUGAAUGUGAGAGUCUUUGCUUUUGAAAAUUGCUUGUAAUUCCUGGCAUCCAAAUUAUUAAACACUCCUUGAGUGAAAUAAUUUUGCAUUGCAAAAUGUUUUAGGAUGAACUUUGCUAUAGUUUUAACCCCAAUAAAGUUCAUCAGUUUAAUUGACGGUAGUGUUCAAUUACAAAUCUCUUUUAUUAAAAACCUAGACAGUUGUUAUUUUAUUUAUAGAAUUAUCAUUACUAGGGGUUUUUUUUGUUUUUUUUGUUUUUUUUUUGCUGUACGCGGGCCCCUCACUGUUGUGGCCUCUCCCGUUGUGGAGCACAGGCUCCGGACGCGCAGGCUCAGUGGCCAUGGCUCACGGGCAUGUGGGAUCUUCCCGGACCGGGGCACGAACCCAUGUCCCCUGCAUCGGCAGGCGGACUCUCAACCGCUGCGCCCCCAGGGAAGCCCCCAUUACUAGUUUUUUAAAAAAAAUUUAGCCUUUUAAAAUUUCAGUACGGGGCUUCCCUGGUGGUGCAGUGGUUAAGAAUCCACCUGCCAAUGCAGGAGAGACAGGUUUGAGCCCUGGUCCAGGAAGAUCCCACAGGCCGCAGAGCAACUAAGCCCAUGCGCCACAACUACUGAGCCUGCACUCUAGAGCCUGCGAGCCAGAAUUACUGAAGCCCGCAUGCCUAGAGCCCAUGCUGGGCAACAAGAGAAGCCACCACAAUGAGAAGCCCGCGCACCACAACGAAGAAUAGCUCCCCGUUCAACGCAACUAGAGAAAGCCCGCGGGCAGCAACGAAGAUGCUAUGCAGCCAAAAAUAAAUUACAAAAAAAAAUUUCAGUAUGAAUCAUAAAAUAGGAUUCUGCUUAAAUUUUGCAAGUUUUUUGGACCACACUUUUUUUUGUUACUUGUCCUAAAAUCCUCUCCAAUUUUCAGUCUCUAAAAACAUUUAUUAAAAAUUUAACUCAUCCAAACGACAGUACAUCAAAAACUAAGAAAAUAAUUGUUAAUUGCCAUUGUUAUUAUAUAUGUUAGGCUUUACAUAAAACACAUAGUUUUGAUGUUAAUGUUAACUGCUUUCAAUUAACUGUUCUAGUUUCCCAGAAUAGCACCUAUAUUACUUUUAAUUUUGAGGGUUUUUUUUUUAAUGCAGUAUAUGUCAAAUGUACGGUCUAGUACCAAGCCAGUAGAUGUCAGUAUGAUGCCUUAAGUUAAGCCUUCCUUAAUUAAAAAUAGUUUGUUUUAUUA